AUGCAAAAUCGCAAUCGUGUAAAUAGUGCCAUAAACAUAAAUAAACAAAAACUCGUUAUACAUUCUUUGUUUUCGUAUCUGAAAUGGCAUUUAUUAAUACUUAAAUCUAUCGGUAUUAUACCAUUCUACACUAUGGUGAACAUUUACGAAAUCGGCAUGCCCAAUCGGCAUUGGUUGCUAAUUAGUAAAAGCAUAAUUUCUAUAAAAAUAGCAUUGAAUCUGUUGCAUCUAUAUUCUUUACUUUCGCCUACAAUAUUGCAAAUGCUCUUCGUAAGAAGCAAUACGGAUGGCAUUACCAAUGUGCUGGACGUGGCGUUUUGUAUGCUUAGCGAUAUUACAAUUUCGUGGUCAUGUGCUCGAAAUGCAACAGCAAUAAUUGCAAUAAUCAAUGGUUUUUUAAAAGUUGAUAAACUUUUGAGACAGUAUCCUGAAUCGCCAGCACAACGAUCGUACAGCGGAAAUCUGUAUAACACAUAUUUGUUGUUGACAUUUGGUUAUAUUUUUACAUUAAUGGUGGCAUUCGUCAAACGCUCCCUGGAGGCUCUUUCUAUUUAUUACUGUAUAUAUAUAUCAUUCUAUCAGCUUGAAAAUGCCAGCUCCUGUGCAUUUACCAUACUAAUUUCGUCGCUGAUGCAUCUUUUGAAGGAACGUUUCCAAUAUGUCAAUCAAUUGUUGAGCCAAUAUAACAGCCAUGUUUUGCAAAAUGGUAAGCGGCCAGUGCUCAGUGAUAAGAGUGACGAGAAUCUACGGCUAUUUGUACAAAAUUCAAAAUUCAUUUAUGGCUUGCACAAUGAUUUGUUGGAUAUAUUCAAGAUGAUUAACAGUUACGCCGAUUUGGGUUUGCUGUCAUUUUUACUAUAUGCGUGCUAUGGUUUACUUUCCUGCGCCUACAACUUUGCUUUGUACGAUUGGAGAAAUAAGGAGGAUUUAUAUUACGUAAUAUGGACAUUAUCGUGGAUACCGCUUUAUGCGGGAAUAUUAAUAUUGUUAUCAAAUAAUUGUGACGGCACAACGAAAGAGGCAAACAGAACUACACAAGUACUAGCACGUAUCUACGGCAAAGGAGAGAAAUACCAAAGUACCAUAGACGAAUUUCUGACAAAGAGCGUUAAACAGGAAGUGAGCUUUACAGCCUAUGGAUUUUUUGUUAUCAAUAAUAGAACAUUAUUUAAGAUUUUUACGACCGUUAACACUUACCUAGUCAUGUUGAUCCAAUUCAAGCAACUGGAGGAAUCAAAGAACCGAUGAAGGAAGAAUUUUAUAAGAUAAAUUGUGAAUGAAUCUUAUUUGAAUAUGAAAGAUGUGAUAAAAUCGAAAUGACAAAAAUUAAAACUCAAUUACAUACCGU